UCUCUCUCUCUCUCUCUCUACUUCCUUCUCCUCUGCUUUCUCCUCUCUGUUUCGUCUGUUCUCCACUUCUAUCAGAAACCCCCAGACGAAUCAGCUCGUUUCCCUAUAAACGAAUCUAAGCAUGGCGUCCCCUGAGCAAUCAGAGAGAAACUCGCCUGAGAAAACUGGCUCGAGCAGCGUUUCCAAGAAAGUUUCAGAGAUCUGGAAGCAAAUGAACGAAGGAGUACCAAAAAAGCGAUUCAAUUUCGUCUCAAAGACCUCAACCUCUUCGCCUCCCACCGCUAAAAAAUCACCUAAUAGCAACUGGAAAAGUUAUCUUGGUAUUGUUGAUGAUGCGAAGAAGAAGAAAGAUCACAAAGCUGUACAAAACGAAGAUAGCGUUUCGGUUAGUAGCGAGGAGGAGGCUAAGCGCAUUGCUUCAGCCGCUCUAGCUGCUGUUAGAAACGCAGCCGCAACCGCUGCUGCUGCUUCUAGCCGUGGCAAAGUUGAGAUAACGGAGGUCAAAGACUUUGCUGGUCAAGAAAUCGAAGUGAAGAGGUUAGUGGAAGCGGGUUCAAAGGAAGCCUCCUCCUCCUCAUCCUCUGCGGCCACUUCAGGGGUUGAUGCGGUUCUUGAGCAGAUUAAAAAGAAACAGAAGCUGAGCGUUUUGGACAAGACGAAGAAAGACUGGGGAGAGUACAAGGAGGAGAACAAAGGUGUUGAAGAUGAGCUGGAUAAGUACAAGAAGAGCUCGGAUAAGUAUCUUGACAAAGUUUCUUUCUUGGAGAGAGCUGACUACAGACAGUUUGAGAAAGAGAGAGACGCUCGUUUAGCUCUUCAGUCCAAGAGAAGACUCGAUGAUGUCUGAAAAUUCUAAACUGAGUUUCCCGGUUCGCUUGAUUGAUUCGGUUUCAUGUGUAUGUAUGUUGAACCAUGAAGAUCCUCUCUUCUUUAGGCUAUGAACAUAAUAAAAUAGGCUUUCAAUGCAACACAA